AUGUGUUCAAGAUCUCCAAGUGAUAUUGCUGUCAAUACUGAAAUGAAAGAGGAAUUAUUGGAAACAACGUUUCCAAAUUCUUGUACUUGUUUUCCUACAGAAAGAAGUAUUUGCUAUGUGGAAGGAACUCAAUUAGAUAAAAAUAUGUCUGUAAAUAUUCCUGAACUUACAGAAAAUGUAUGGUUCGAAAGUAAGCCACCGGCAUUGUUUUCUAAACCGAUUUCGCCUCUAGUAACUUCUAGACAAAUCUAUAUAACAAGAGUUUUGUUGAACGGGAAAUUAAAAGGCGCCGAACUAAAUAAAGAACCCGAAGAAAUUAGUAGUAGUAAGGAACAACAAGCUACUGUCAGUAUGGAUAAAAAGAAAUCUGCAAUGAAAUUUCUUGGAGACAAAAAAUUAAACGUUGAUAAUAAUUAG